AUGCAUCGAAAGAGCUUAAGAACUUUCUUCUAUUUCAUUGUCGAUAUACCUAAUAAAGAGUCACUGCCCCGUUACCACAACUCCAGGAAUUCGUCUGCCACUUUAGUGAGGAUAAGAAGCAUAAAGGUUGCUCAACAACUUCCCGACUGCAAUCGUGAAGCUGACAUGUCCAACUCAAAACCCGAACGUGGAAGCAGGGGCCGAUAUGCUCGCUUGCUUUGUCAAGGCUGCAGGUCCAGGAAAAUCAAAUGUAAUCUGCCAGAUAUAAACGAGCUGGGUCCUCUUGGCUCUCCACAACCCCCGGAAAAGUCCUGCGAACGUUGCCGCAGCCUCGGUCUUGGAUGCGUUAUUGAGCGUUCGACUUUGGGUCGUCCAUCCUUCAAGCGCGGUGAAAAUGAGUCAGGUCGGAAGUCAAAUUCUGCCCACUGUCAUUCAGCUACGCAAAAUGAACAACCUGGCAACUCUCUGAUCAAGGACUACUCGCCCUCGGAGUCGACGACGAGUCCAGAAACCACUCAAGAAAUACGUGCAGUGGCUGACAAGACGGUGUUUGAGUCUGUCAUUGAAUUUCAACACUUUUUUGCCUCGGCCUUGGGCAAAGACCGAAUAUUUGGUGCUACAAUUCCUCGGAGUACUUCAGGCUGCAUGACUCCUCUCCCAGAGCUGGUGAGCCACGAAAUAGCGAGCAGUCUCGACAAGGACCUGGCUUGGUAUAGGUUUUUUAUUCCCGGUCUGCCAAGCUUAGUAGACAUAAGAGACCGUCUCAAGGGAGACGACGAACUUAAUAUUGGCACCAAUUUGCUCUUCGCAUUGCUUUGUCUGAUCUCAUGCGAUACAACAGGCAAAUUUGACCGGCUUCAUCCACGUUUGAAGUGGAACCUUCAGCUGGCUAUUUCAUCCUAUGGGCAAGAGUUUAUCUUUUCCCCUCCCACUCACUGCGACUCUGUUGUUGUCUGUAUUAUCUUGGCUGAUUACAGGCCAACCACCGUGGGAGUAUCUCAACAUACUGCACACAGAGCGAUCAAGUCGACCCUAUAUCUCAAUAUAGCUUUCAAAGUCGCUGAAAAAUUAGAGAUGCUACCUUCGCAACUCAAUCUAAGCUUUGCAGAUAUACCAUCCAUGAGUGAUGAGGAAUUUGAACAUCGAAUUACAGAUUCUUUGCAAGGAAUGAAAAUCUUCACCCAGGAUAUCAUUCUAGAUGGACUAUUGUCAAGACCAGUCCAUCAACUGCAAGAAGCGCUGGAUCGCAUGGCACCCCAUAUCCACGUUUAUCAAAAUGUCUUCAGGCAUCGUCCUUGCUCACCAAGGAUUAUUUUCCAGAUACAGUGGGCCACAGCGAGCUAUAUGCUUCUAGAAUCUUUGAAAGCAACAAAACAGAACUGGACCAAUCCACAAAGACUAUGUCAUGUUGUCGACGAGACUGAACAAAAGUGUCUUGAACAGAUCAGAUUCUGUGACUGGGCACUGUCAAAUACGGCUCAGUCAGGGCCGCCCGAGGAGGUAAGGGCUGCUCGUUCUUUGCUGGAAUAUCGAUUCCAUGCAGUAAUAGGACGAUCAUAUGGAAUUGCGCUUCUUCACAUCAUGAUCCUUCGGUCCAGAGCCUCAAACAGCAGCUUCUCAAGUGAUUCCGAUAUAAAUAUCCAGGAAGCUAGUCAAAUGGGCGCCAAACUCUCGGAUGCUAUGAGCAAUACUUCUGAUGAUCUCGGCAUUCAAAUUGUGACAUUCAUCUCACGCUUUGGGCGUCCCUUCCCCGAUCGGCUACUCGCAGUGCUUGAAAUGUUCAUCAAGGGCACAGAUUUAAAACUUGAUGGCAUACAGUUUCAAGCUCCAUUCCGGGAUAUCGUUCUCGAUAUACUCGCCUUUUCCAGAUCCAUCGUGGAGAAUAACAGCAUCAAUGUCAAGAACUUAACUGGAAAGAUGAGAGAAAAUGCCGACCACCAAGUCUUGGUUCUUGCAGAGUGUGCUAAAAGACUUGGUAACAUGGUUGCCUCGCCUGGAAAAUCGAUUGAAGCUGCUUUUGCUGGCGGUUGCGUGUUUGCCGCCAGCACUAAAGUCAUGAUGGCAUUCAUUGAUAUCAUGAGAGAUCUGAAGAAAGAAAGCGAUCUUGGAAAAGCUGGCCCGGUGCCGCUAACUGUGUCUGAUGGCUCAGCAGAAGGGCCAAGCAUGAGUACCUUUGAAGAUAAUUCCCUAGAUUCGGGGAAUUUGUGGUCUACUGAGCCAAUACCAAAUUCUUUUAGCGCUGAAGAUUUCGUUUUUGACUGGUCCACGAUAAUGGAUUUUGAUGAAAAUAUGUUGUACAAUGACCUGAAUUUUGAUUUUGCUUCGUGUUAA